AUGGCAUCUCUCAUUGCCUCUGCGGUAUCUACCCUUCUGAUCAAGUUCGGCACCGGUCUAGCUGGGAAAGCCGGCGGCUGGGUCUUCCAGGAGGGUCUAGCAGCUGUAACCGGCGGUAUCACCGACACAGCAAGGAUCAGAGAGGACAUUGCCAACGUCUUGAAAGAAGUGAAGCAGAUACAGACAUCUGUCACUGAACUCUCGAGUCAACUCUCCGAUAGUCUGCUGCAGCUGCGCAAGGACAGUCUGAGAACUUACAUCACUGAUAUCGAAACUUAUUACGCAACAAUCGGCGAUAUCAUGCAGGAGGCUUUUGAACUUCCUGAGAAGAAACUAACAGAUGCGGAUCGUGUUCGUCAAGCUAAAGGGCUGCAGAAGCGCCUCAACAAUCGCCUUAGAGCCUGUUCAAACGACGUUCCUGGAUAUCUCGACAAGAUCAACGACUUCCUCAACGAGCGUGGCUCCAAUGCUUUCUUCCAACAGGCUGCACAGCAAGCUCUUGAUCAAUCGGACGAUUUCCUCGAAUAUUAUAGCAAGACCAAAGUCAUGGCACUUAACUAUUGGGUUGCAUACAUCAAAGGCAUCAGCCUUCUUCAGAUGGCUCACGACACUCCUCAAGUCAACUUCGAAGAAGGUUCUUUUACCAUCGAUCGACACAAAGCCAACGUUCUCGCCCAGGAGAAGAACUUCAGAUCUACAGUUGGAGAAGUGACCAUCGCUCUUGCUGAAGAAGUCAUCAGCGACCCGAAUGCCACAAGAGAUCUCACCUGGAGAACAGCUGGCGGUACCUACAUUGAAGCAUACAAGUCCCCUUACGCAAACUACGUCCUUUCUGGUAUUCCCGGACCACGGGAGAGCGCCUGGAUCGUCAAACACAUCCCGAGCGUCACCAGGGAAGAUUUCGAUCCUACGCAGGGUUACCCGGUCCUGAUUGAGCCAUCCGACCGAGUUGACAAUCCUCUCUGUGCUGGAGGAUCGCAGUAUGGCCUCGAUACUAGAUGGACGACCGCUACGCUGGGCGAGUAUCAAUGUCGUUGGUUCAUCAAACCUAGGUCUCCUGGGGAAGCACGCUUUUCGUUCCGGUUUCUAAGCUCUAGUGCUGCUAAUAACGGGUCCUAUAUUGUUGACAAUCCAGCGAGCGACCUAAGAACGUUGAAUUAUGUCGAUUCUCUUCACAAAGAGGAUGGAAAUCAGUUCUUCAGUGUUACGCUUGGCGAACCAAAGGUUUAG